UCUGUGAUCUUCUUCUUCUUAUCAAAAAAACAUGGCUUGCAAGAUUCUCAUUUUCCUGGGGCUAGGAGUUGUCGCACAUGCUGCACUGGUUCAAGUAGCGCAACCAGUUCGUGUCGUCGGAUCAGUACCCCUGGCGGAAGUGAACGACUACGAUACAGUGCCGAGAUAUAGUUUCGCCUACGACGUCCAGGACGCGACAACUGGCGACUCGAAAGCCCAGUACGAGACCAGAAAUGGCAACUUCGUUCAGGGCAGUUACAGCCUCAUCGAGAGCGAUGGUACCCGAAGAAUUGUGGACUACACUGCCGACGAUGUCAACGGAUUUAAUGCUGUCAUCAGUAAAGAACCCGCCGUUUCUGCACCGGUAGCCGUAGCUUCUCCAGCAGUCCCCGUAUCUGCAGUUACUCCAGUGUCUCAAUUUUCUCCAGUCUCUGGAUUUUCACCAAUUGCCGGUGUUUCGCCAGUCACUGGAUUUUCUCCAAUUGCCGGUUUUUCUCCAGUUUCCGGUGUUUCGCCAGUAAUUCCCGUCUCUGGUGUUUCUCCAGUUUCCGGUGAGAAUUCUCCAGGUGUUGCAGCAUCCGCUGGACCAGUGCCCACAAUUCCCUCGAGUGGACCCGACUCGGAUGUUGAGGUCGUGGAAGCGAGAUCGGGACGAUUGGUUGGCGGGCAAUCGAGGUCUUCGGCAAAUCUCGUGGCGAAAUCGCAGAUUAAUGGGAGUCCAGUGGUAAAAGCGGAGCGAAGGCAAAUACAGGGGGAAUAUGUUCCGGUGAGAGCUCGUGCCAGUGCGAUUACAACUCCAGCUUCCAGCAGUUCUCAAAGAUUUGUCACUGUACCUGAAGGUCGUCGUGUCAACUAUCCAGUGUAUUCGAGUUAUUCUUCUCCGUUUGCUUUCGCGAAUCCCUCCGAUGGACUCACUUACACGAUCCUCUAAAUCUGUUGUUGGAUUUUGGCUAUUUUUUCUUCUUUGGAAAAUCUGUGUCAAAAAAAUCUGUAUCGUUAUGUAAUAAAUUAGUAUUUUUA